GCUUCUACAACAGAAAUGAGUGAUUAAAAUUAUCUCCCAUCUUCCUACUUGACACAAUGUUCAAAAUUAAAACUCCAGACACGUCACAUCUUAAAUAUGAAGAGUUUGAAUCUGUUUAUGAUCCCGCUGAGGAUAGUUUUCUUCUACUUGACGCACUAGAGCAGGAGCUCCCUCUCAUUCAUACUCUUAACCCUCUCAUAGUUGUUGAGGUUGGUUGUGGCAGUGGAGUAAUAUCUUCAGCCCUCAGUACUUGUUUACCUGCAGCUAUUGUUCUCAGUACUGACCUUAACCCAGCAGCCUGCCGGGCAACACAAGUUACAGCUGCUGCUAAUAAAGUUCAGGUUCAGGUUGUAAGAACUGAUAUCUUAUCUACUUUAUCUGACCGGCUGCGUGGUCAGGUUGACCUGCUUGUAUGUAAUCCUCCCUACGUAGCUACAGAGGACACUGAGAUAAGCGGAACCGGACUUCCUGCUUCCUGGGCAGGAGGAAACCUAGGAUUGGUGAUAACAAGACGGGUUGUGGAGAGUUUAAGAGAAGUUCUAUCUGAGCACGGGAUUGCAUACCUAGUCCUGGAGCAAUGUAAUAAACCUGAAACCUAUAUCCCAGAGAUGGAAGAGCUCGGUUUUGAUUGCUCAACAGUUAUCUCCCGACGAGCUGGCAGAGAACUUCUUUACAUUGUUAAAUUAUCCCGUAGAAAAAGAUAAACUUAUUUUGCAGA